CUUCCAACCUUUUAACCCACGCCCCCUGACUCUCUUUCUUUCAUCUUCCAAGCUCUCGAUGACCUACUGCUCCAUCUAUCUCUUUCUCAUCUUCUAUUCUCCCAAACCUUCAUCCCUUUGUAUCUCAUCUCUCAACCUCUGAUUUCUUCCUACCUUUCUUCGAUCAUCGCCUCCGGUCAAACCACCGGAUUUUCGCCAAACAGACAAGCAGGGAGCCUCAAACAGAUCAAGUUGAUUUUUGGGCAAGGACGCAUACAAAGUGGGCCCCACCCAAUAGAUGCAUUGGAUCUCAGUUUCAAGUACCUUUUGAGAGAUAGAGAGAGGAGUAGAGGAAGGAGUCCAGGGUGUUGGUCAAUAUGGACAACAGAAGCAGCAAGAGUGCUAUAUCUAUGCUCUAUGAAAGUAUCUGUGGUUUCUUACGAAGGUGCCUUUUUCGUGUGCUGGCCUUUGGAUCGAUUCCCCAACACAUUGCUUUUAUCAUGGAUGGGAACCGAAGAUUUUCUCGCAGCCGAAAUUUGGAAGGGGGUUUGGGUCAUAGAGUUGGGUUUCUGGCUCUCAUGUCCAUCCUCCGGCAUUGCUAUGAGUUGGGUGUGAAGUAUGUGACAGUCUAUGCAUUCAGCAUCGACAACUUCAAUCGAAGACCUGAUGAAGUUCAGAGCAUUAUGGAUCUAAUGCAGGAAAAGAUUGAAGAGUUGCUCAAGGAAGAGAGCAUUGUAAACAAGUAUGGAAUCAAGAUUAAUUUCUUCGGGAAUUUGAAUCUCUUAAAUGAGCCUGUGAGGAGAUCGGCUGAGAGGGCAAUGGUGGUUACUGCCGGCAACACCAGAGCAGUGCUCUCAGUCUUUGUUGCCUACACUUGCACUGACGAAAUAGUUCACGCAGUUCAAGAAUCAUGCCACAAAAAAUGGGCCAGAAUUCUGGAAGAGAAACCAAAUGGUCCUGACAAUGAUGACGAUAUGAUUGAGUGUUUUGGAAAAAAUGGUUUGGAAGAAAGUGAAAUAACAGUGGUGGAUUUGGAGAGGAACAUGUAUACAGCCGAAUGCCCGGAUCCUGACAUCUUGGUCAGGACUUCUGGUGAGACCCGCCUAAGUAAUUUUCUUCUUUGGCAGACUACGUGCUGCCAAUUGCUUUUCCCCAGUGCUCUUUGGCCAGAGAUUUCUCUUCGACACUUGUUAUGGACAAUCUUAGAAUACCAACGUGUCCAACCUUAUCUAGAAAAGAAGAAGCGAUUACGAAUUCUUGAAUAGCUUGUAGAUUACACAACAAUUUUUCAUGUGCUCCUCUCCUGUAUUCCUAAGUAUGCCGCCGUAGUUGUUACAAUGUAUGGAAUGCGGUUACAAUCUGUGGAAUUAAUACAUGAAAUACGAUGUUACUUUACUGAUAUUGCUGUUAGAGUUCGUUUCUUUGAAGAUGGGUAGUUUUCGAGCUAUCAAGGGAAGCCAAUUUCCUCCAAGUUAAUAAUACAAUGACUUUGUAUUCUCUGAGAAGAUGAGUCUUGAAUGAUUUCUUCUCAGCUAUGGAGAUGAAAACUGACCUGCUACUUUUGGAUGGAUCUGUUCUUUAUUACUGCAAUCCUAAAAAGUGGUACGCAUUAUCUCUUCGUGUGUUACUUUUUAUUUGUAUGCAUUUUCCUUGCUAGGAUUUAGAAGCAGCUUUAUUGCAUUAUGUCAAGCCUGACUAUUGUAUUUCUUCUGAAUAAGAAAAAUGAAUGAAGAGAUCAGGUUAGAUCA